AUGGUUUAUUCUCUAUCUUGCCUUCACCUUCCAUCCUCACCAAAACCCAACCAAAGCCAUCAUGGAAGAAAUUCACAGCCCAUUGCCCUAGAAAAUCUCAGAACUGAUCUUCUUCACAACUUCAAUGAUCCAUUCGAACUCAAACAAAUCCAUUCUCUUAUCAUCAAAACAAAUUCUCCCCACUCAAUUCUCCCUCUCUCUCGUGUUGGGUUGGUCUGCGCUUUYUCCCCGAGCUUCGAUUAUGCUCAACGGAUCUUUGAACGGGUAGACAAACCAGAAAUUGUUAUAUGGAAUUCUUGCUUGAAAACCUUCGCCGAGGGCGAUUCUCCCAUUGAUGCCAUUCGUCUCUUCUAUCGGUUGCGCCAGUUUAAUGUCAGGCCUGAUACUUUCACCUGUUCAUUCGUUCUCAAAGCUUGUUCCAUUUUGUUGGAUCUUACCGGUGGUAGGAGUGUUCAUGGAUUGAUUGAGAAACUCGGGUUUCAAUCGGAUUUAUUCCUUCAAAACACAAUCGUUCACAUGUAUGCAUGUUGCGGUGCAAUUGAUGAUGCUCGAAGGUUGUUUGAGAAGAUGAGCCAUAGAGAUGUUGUGACGUGGAAUAUCAUGAUAACUCAAUUGAUAAAGCGGGGACAUAUUGCCGAGGCCUACGACUUGUUUGCUCGAAUGCCCGAGAGGAAUGUGAGGUCAUGGACUGCAAUGAUUGCAGGUUACGUCCAAUGUGGGAAGCCUAAAGAGGCCAUUCAUCUUUUCAUACAGAUGGAAAGUGCAGGGCUGAAACCUAAUGAGGUAACAGUUGUGGCUGUUCUUGCAGCCUGUGCGGAUUUGGGUUCGUUGGACCUUGGUAGGAGGGUUCACGAGUACUCGGACAGAUGUGGAUUUAAGAGAAAUGUGCGAGUUUGCAACACUCUGAUUGACAUGUAUAUUAAAUGCGGCUGCCUCGAGGUUGCACGCCAGGUUUUUGAUGAAAUGGAAGAACGAACAGUUGUGUCGUGGUCAGCCAUGAUUGGAGGCCUAGCAAUACAUGGGMAAGGCAAGGAAGCUCUGAGGCUCUUCUCCAAGAUGACCCAAAUUGGCAUUAGACCCAAUGGUGUUACCUUCAUAGGACUCUUGCAUGCAUGUAGUCACAUGGGACUGAUAAACGAGGGCCGCAGGUUCUUUGUCAGCAUGACUAGGGACCACGGGAUAACCCCCCAGAUUGAGCAUUACGGUUGCAUGGUCGAUCUUCUUAGCCGGGCUGGUUUCCUCCAAGAAGCCUACGAGUUCAUCAAGAACAUGCCUGUCAAACCCAAUGGAGUCGUGUGGGGAGCUCUCCUCGGUGGUUGUAAGGUUCACAAGAAUGUCAAGUUGGCUGAAGAAGCAAUCAAGCACCUUCUCGUAUUGGAUCCACUUAAUGAUGGUUAUUACGUAGUUUUAUCGAAUAUAUAUGCAGAUGCAGGCCGGUGGGAGGACACAGCAAAAGUAAGGAGGUUGAUGAGGGAUAGGGGUGUUAAGAAGACACCCGGAUGGAGUUCAAUCACCAUAGAUGGCGUAGUCCAUGAAUUUGUGGCCGGGGAUGGGAACCAUCCUCAAGCUGAGGAGAUAUAUUGCAACUGGGAGGGAUUACUACGACAGAUGAAGCAAAGAGGCUAUGUGCCAGAUACUUCGGUUGUCCUCCUUGACAUGGAUGAGGGUGAGAAGGAGAAGGUUCUGUAUCGUCAUAGCGAGAAGUUAGCUGUUGUUUAUGGUCUAAUGAAAACACCGCCAUCAACACCAAUUAGGAUCAUGAAGAACCUUCGGGUUUGUGAAGACUGCCACAAUGCUUUGAAAUUGAUAUCCGCAAUUGCUAAAAGAGAGAUUGUCGUGCGUGAUCGAAAUCGGUUCCAUUGUUUCAAAGAUGGUUCUUGUUCUUGUAGAGACUAUUGGUAG